GCCGGUGCCGCGGUGGGGGACCCGGCGCCGCGGCACCUGCUGCGGAGGGACCCCCGCGGCCUGCCCCGGCGCUCAGGAUGGGGCUCCUCCUCGCCAAACUGUGGAGCCUCUUCUGUAACCAAGAACACAAAGUAAUUAUAGUGGGACUGGAUAAUGCAGGGAAAACCACCAUUCUUUAUCAAUUCUUGAUGAAUGAAGUGGUUCAUACUUCCCCAACCAUAGGAAGCAAUGUAGAAGAAAUAGUUGUAAAGAACACUCAUUUUCUUAUGUGGGAUAUUGGUGGUCAGGAGUCACUACGAUCAUCUUGGAAUACUUAUUACUCAAACACAGAGUUCAUCAUUCUUGUUGUUGAUAGCAUUGACAGAGAACGACUAGCUAUUACAAAAGAAGAAUUAUACAGAAUGUUGGCUCAUGAGGAUUUAAGGAAGGCUGCAGUCCUUAUAUUUGCAAAUAAACAGGAUAUGAAAGGGUGUAUGACAGCAGCGGAAAUCUCUAAAUACCUCACCCUUAGUUCAAUUAAGGAUCACCCGUGGCACAUUCAGUCCUGCUGUGCUUUGACAGGAGAAGGGUUAUGCCAAGGUCUGGAGUGGAUGACAUCCCGGAUUGGAGUGAGAUAACUUUUUGUCUUAAAAAAAGACUGCUCUAUUUAUUCUGUGACAUGAACAUUUUUCCUAGUACUUUUGGCUGCUGAGGCAGCAGCAUGUUUAAUUUAUAACAACACAAACCUCUAUAAGCAACACUUGAAUCAAGUGCAGCUGAACUGGAACAUAAAAGCUGUUUUCUAACUUUUUUUUUUUUAAUGCACUAAUCUUCAGUUGGAUGAAAAUAAUGUGUAACUGUUUUCAGCAACAGGAUUCUGCUUAUUCUAAUUACUCAGUGAUUGCCUUGUUUAAAAAAAAGUUUGUCAUAUGUUUAGUGUUUUCUGAACUAUUGUUAUGUAUAAUCUUUGUGCCCAAUUUCUUUCGAUUCUUGGCCACCACUCCUUCCUUCUCAGAUAGUUACUGAUUUGACAGAAGUGGUAGAUUUGUAAAUUUCUCCAGCACUGAAUGCUGUAAGUCAUUUUAAUCUUUUGAGCAGAUUUUAUCAGAACUAAAAAUGCCUUCUUAGAAGAUACAUAUAAGGAAGAUUAAACAUCAUGAAUAUUCACCUUUAAAUUUCCCUCAUACUAUUGCUUGUCAUGGAGUAAUUUUAAGUUUACUGUUUGCAUAGAAAUUAUGUAGGCUGGUUACUUACUUGAAGAAAUUAAGGGUUUUUUUGUUUUGGGGGGUUUAUUUUUGCCUACAACAUUUGAUAAAAAAUCAAGGUAAAGUAUUUAUUUGAAAGCCCAGCUUCAGUGGUAAAUAUUGUUGGAUGCAUCUAGUAUUUUAAGCGUGUCAGAUUAUUUAAUGUAUAUGUAACAGUUACUAGAGCAUACCAACACUAAAAUUUAAAUGUGACACUUGGAGCAUACUUCACUAGCAAUUUACAAACAACUUUUGUCAUCUGCAAAAAUUUUGACUGUUUUAUUUUCAGGAGGUACCACAUCUGCUAAGAACAACAGCUAAAGCAGAAAGUGAGCAGUGCUUUUUAUUAAAAUGGCAUUUCUUUUUAUUAAGAUGGCAUUUCUAC